CUAGAGGACGCUUAUCACGCGCCGAUGCUAGAAUACUACGCUGUGUUGGUUCUGGUGUUAUCAUGUACAGCUUCCAUAGUGUAUUCUUUUUUUAUUUUAUUUUUUUAUUUUCUUCUCGUCAUUUUCGUUAAAUCUUUAAAUACUUUAGGAGCAAAGGCCCCUGACUAUCGAGGUCACACCAGCAUACAUACUUUCGCACUACCCCUCCAUCUCCAUACAUAGCUUCACCCAACUACAUAACUACCUCACCUAUACAACUACAUUGAAUUGCACUCAUAAUGGCGGAAGAGAUUAGCUACAAGACGGAGGACGUUGCAGCGACGAGGGUAGCUUCGGAGGACAUCGACAAGACUUUCCGGUCAACAUGCAUCGAUAUGAUAUCGGCAACGUUGGGAGGUAAAGUCCUUGCCUUUUCAGACGAAUGGUUUGCUGAGGCAGCCAAUCUUUUGACACCCACACCCCCUAUUCGACAGCCCGGAAAGAUGGUGUACACCGGAGCAUGGUACGAUGGAUGGGAGACCAGGCGACACAACCAAGAGCCCUUCGACUGGGUUGUCAUCCGCCUGGGCGUCGCCUCCGGUAGCGUGGAGGGGGUUGAGGUCGAUACAGCCUUCUUCGCCGGAAAUCACGCUCCGGGAAUCUCUGUUGAGGGCUGCUUCAACCUCAACGACGACGAGGUGGUAUCGUGGAAGGGUGAGCGUGGCGGCUGGGAGACGAUCUUGGGCUACCAGGAGUGCGGACCUUCGCAGCGCUUUGGAUGGAUAUUAAAUGAGCGACCGACUGCCAAGCAGUACACCCACGUACGACUCAACAUGUACCCGGACGGUGGUAUUGCGCGCUUCCGGCUCUUUGGCCAUGCCCACCCCGUCUUCCCCGCCGACGUCAAUGCAGUGUUUGACCUGGCGGCUGCGCAAAACGGCGGCGUGGCCAUCUCGUGCAACGAUCAGCAUUUUGGAACAAAGGACAACCUUCUCCUGCCGGGCCGCGGCAAGGACAUGGGCGACGGAUGGGAGACGUCGCGGUCCCGCGCAAAGGGCCACGAGGAUUGGGCCAUCAUCAAGCUGGGCGCGACUGGCUUCGUGGACCGGGUCGUCGUGGACACGGCCUUCUUCCGCGGCAACUUCCCGCAAAAGGUGCGCCUCGAGGCCUUCUCCGCCGCCGACGGAACUGCCGAUGUCGGACACGACGCGGAGGGGUGGGCGGAGCUCGUGGCCGCCAGCAAAUGUGGCCCGGAUCAGGAGCACGAGUUCCAGUCGCUCAUAAAGGACAAGCCAAUUACCCAUGUGAAGAUUGUCAUGAUUCCGGAUGGAGGUAUCAAGCGGGUGCGUGUGUUUGGAAGGAGAGCUAUCUAAGGUCCCUACCUAACCUCUUAUGCGAUACAACUGAAUAAAUCCAUGCGACCUAAAGAUUCUAUCAUGUAGGCGAUUGAUUACCUAUUAAUACCUAAUGCACUGACCUACUCACAGUGCCUAGGUAUACAGUAAUAGACCCAGACACAGUCGGCACAUAACUUAAUUAGACAACAUCUGGAUGGAUAUCCAGGCCAUCAUUGACUUUUUUUUCUUUUCUUCCCGGUACUUCCAAAGGUUUCGAGAUUGAACUCAU